ACUCAAGGCAAUGCUCAGCUUGUGAAGUUAAGCCCAGUGGACGUUUGCCAUCUUUCACCUUACACCACUUCAGGCACAAUGAUUACACAGGUGAUCGAAAGUCGUUAUACAGUGGAGUAUGAUGUCUUGGUCGCUUUCCUCAGUUCGAUGUUUGAGCAAGCCACUUAUGAAAUCGUUGUACCCGACGAAGGAGAGAAGUGGAAAGUCAAGGUCCCAAGAGAGCUCACUCGUGAUGAGCUUGUAGACUUGCAAAGGAAGUUCGGGCAGGCACUUGCCUAGUGGCGGGGUACCGUAG